CUCACCCUCGGACCCCAUUUCUUCAGACCGUACCAUUGCGACAGAGCGGCGGAGGGGACGCUUGAGCCUUCCCCCCCCAAACGCUAUUGGAACCCCUUAGGGCUUUGGAACGCUUUCCUUCUCCUUCAAAAAAAGCCAAGGCGGUUUGAUUUUGGUGCUGGUGAGGGAGAAGCUUCCUUUGGCGGUGCUCACCUCUUUUGGGCCGUUGGUGCAGUCCUAGCCGGGUCUCUUCCAGCGGCCGGGCCAGACCACCCUCCCUGCUGGAGGGGGAGGAGCCGAGGGCAUUGUUGGGUCAGGGGCCACGCGCGGCCCGCGGGGGUGGCGCCUCAGGGCCCCGUCACAACCCGCCCCCGGCAGCAGCCGCGGCCUAGCUCAGUGUCACCUCAGGCACCACAGGGCGCGGCCGCCUCUCGCUUCCGUUGCCGCUCGCGAACCCACCCACCGACCUACCCUGCCUCGGCUGCAGUGGUAGCGCCCGACUCCAGCUGACCGGCCUGGAAUCCCGGCUUCGAGCCCCGGCCUGGAACCGGUGACGACGACGACGCCUCCGCCGUUGCCGCCGCCGCCAUGGGAGACACCGGCAGCGAGCGCAGCAAGGCCCCCAGCCUGCCUCCCCGCUGCCCUUGCGGGUUCUGGGGGUCCAGCAAGACUAUGAAUCUCUGUUCCAAAUGCUUUGCUGAAAAAAGAAAUCCACACAAUGAAAAAGAAUUUCAAAAGAAGCAACCAGAUGAUGAGUCCACUCCCACCACAAGCAACAGCCAAUCGGAUUUGUUCUCUGGAGAAACAAAUUGUGACAACAGUAAUACCUCCCCAUCUUCACAGACUGUUAACUCCAACCAGCAACUUCCGACAGAAUUGAAUGUAACUUCACCCAGCAAAGAGGAAUGUGGGCCAUGCACAGAUACAGCUCAUGUCUCUUUAACAACAGCAACCAAAAGAUCCUGCGAGUCAGAUUCACAAUUGGAGAAUGAGGCUUCCCCUGAGAAGCGACCACGGUUACUGGAGGAAUGCAAUGACAGGCCUGAAGAAAUGAACCGUUCCAAACAGAAGAGCAGACGCAGAUGUUUCCAGUGCCAAACGAAACUGGAGCUGGUACAGCAAGAGUUGGGAUCAUGUCGCUGUGGUUAUGUGUUCUGUAUGUUACAUCGCCUUCCUGAACAGCAUGAUUGCACAUUUGACCACAUGGGACGUGGGCGUGAAGAAGCCAUUAUGAAAAUGGUGAAACUGGACCGUAAAGUGGGGAGAUCGUGCCAGCGCAUUGGCGAGGGCUGCUCCUGAGUUGCAAGACUCUCUACAACCAAAUGCUGUUCUCUUAGUUCACUAAUGUUAGCCUUAUUUAGGACAAAGUCAGCCAGACACCUUGUACUGGGCAAGUUUCAGACUACAGCCAAUCAAUUUCCUUUCUUUAGCCAACCAUCCUGGUACUGUAGUGUAGGGGUUAAUGGUGAUUGACAUUGAUUUCUGGCUGGUUGUUAAGGUGCCUGCUAGCCACUGUAUUAAAAAAAUGAAGAAAUAUUUUUGAGCAUGGGUAGUGGAUUUUGACAGAAAUCUAAAGGCUUCUAUUAUUGCAGGAAUCAAGCUCUUUAAAAAUGAAAAGAAAAGAAAAAGCCUUAUGCUGGUAAACUUCCAGCUGAGUAGAAACUGAUGUAAAAGACUGCUGUACACACACCUCUGUAGAAGAAAGCCCCCUAAAAGCCUGGUUUUCCUUUCCUCGCAUCUAGUAACGUGGAAGGGGUGAAACUCCACUUAGUGUAGCUGCUGAACCCAGAAGACCUAAAUGGUCACUUUUACCAUCUUCAUAUACGUCUUCUGAGGUUAAGUAGCAUCACCAGCAUCAGGGACUCUCUUGAAGUGGGAACAUCUUUUAUGGAAAACCACAAAGAUUGGGGACAGGUUCUUAUGUCAACUUUUAUAUCAAUCAUACUACAGGGAAACUAUUUCUUCACUUGGGUGGAGGAAGACGAUGUUGCUCUAAAAUUAGCUCCUUUCUGGAACAAGCAAACAGUGUGCAUUUUCUACACAGUAUCUACAACAUUUCUUAAGUGAUGUGAUCGGAUUCCAUGCGCCAACCAUUGUGGCUGUUUCUCAUCAGCCAAAACCGAUUGGCUCUUGUUUGCCUUUUGCUAAGUCCAGGUAUCUGAUAAUUGAUCAAAUAAGGCUAAUCCACAGCACAGUAGCCAUGGCUGGAUCCUACAGAUUGACUUUCUGUAGCUGUAGAGGGGUAAAGGACAUUUUGUAACAAACGGAAUUCAGUAACAGUAUGAGGGACAACCAGGAAAAUCACCCGUUAUUGAACUGAGUUUUUAUGCCUCACUUCCAGUAUGUUACAGAGAUAAUCAAAUUGGCUGUUCCCAGCCUUGUGACUAUGCAGCUCAGUACUCUCAGUCAAGGUCUCUGCCCAUCAUCUGUUGUGAAUGCAUUGCAUACAAUUGGGACUCACCAGAUCUGUUCUUUAGAACUGCAGCUCUGUAUGUGGCCUGUCAGUCUCAUUGAGUUGAACUGUGCAGACUUGCCUUGUGCAACGACAGGAAAAUGGCAGUCUCCAGCUACAGACAAAGUUUCUAUGAGAGCAAGAAUCUGUGCUGAAGUGGCCUAGUGUGGAAUCUUUACUCCCAAAAUCAGUUAGUUCUUCAUUAGCAAGUGAUAAUUAGGUAUAUAGUUGGGAGUGGGGAGGGAGGGCUGCUGGAGAGCUUGUUUUGUCUGAUACUUAAGUUGUAUUAACCCAUUCAAUGAGCGAAUUACCCUCCUGGCACUCUAAAAAAAUGUGGGGUUGAGCAGUAAGUCACUGACUUCCAUUUGUUGUGAAAGGAAAUUACUGGUUUAUAGGUUGAAAUGUGUUUUUUUUCUGAUAGCCAGCUAUGGCCUGUGAAGGAGAGUCAGCCUUUGCCUGUAUCACAGCAAUGCAAAUUAGCAAUGAAAUAAAUCUGCAAUAUAUCACGAUGCUAAACUUCAAAAUGGAGAAGCCAUUCUGUGUUGUACUCAAGGCUUUGAAAUCGGCAAUGGAAUUUCCAGCUGCAUAUUCUGUUUCCUAAGGAAGUACUCCCCUUUCAUCAGUAUAAGGGGGAAAUCAGACAAUUUUCUUUUUUGUUUGCCAUGAAGAGUUUUAAAAACCAUGGACUUCAGCUGCUGCCGCGCUAUGCACUUUCUUCCCUUCUAAAAUUUUAGCAUAGCAUUUGAUGGACAUUCUGACUGAUACACAAGACUUUUGCAGAUUAAUUACGAAGAUGCUGUUUUUCCCUUGUUAAUCCUUUCUUUAUCCCUGUUGCAAGUGCACAGUUGGUUUCAAGGUGGCUCUUGAGCGAACACUACUCAAAGUUCAUGUGGAUUAUGGACAAUGUUCACUUUAAAAAAAAUAUGGGGGUUGUUCCUUUACAGUAUCUGUUCUGUGAAGUUUGUUAAACGUAAAGAAAGCUUAAGUUCUUGUAUCUUUAAAGAAAAUCUUAUUUAACCCUUUUUUGUGUUCUAGAUUUACUUACACAUGUAGCCUAGAACUCAGUUUUAGUUUAACAUUGUGGAAAUAUUAAAAGGAUUGUAAUUCUUUUUCCUCCUGCUUAAAAGAAACAAAACCAUUAAACAGAUCAGAUUAAAGUUUGAA